AUGGACUCCUCAUCUGUUACCUCUAAUACCUCCAAACCCUCCCCCUACUUCGACUCUCUCCUCCGUCGCCGCCAACAAAAGAAAAUGAGCAUCACUCAGACAUACUAUCUCGCCCACACCGCCCGGAAGAAGCUCACUCGUGAAGCUUCCCGGGCAGACCACGACCUGCGCUUGCUCGUUGGCCACGCAAACCUCCUCGACUCGCUGAUGUACGAUCUUGCCGAUGCCGAGCGUGAACAAGAACGCUGGUUCAACCAGACCGUCAGCGGAGCCACCAAGGCUUCUUCUUCUUCUUCCUCUCGUCAACACAUCCAAUGGGCUUCGAGUGUGGUCGAAGAGCCCGAGGAAGACUGGGACCCGGAGGAUGCGUCCGAUUUGGACUCUGAACUCAGCGACAGCGACGACUCCGACUACGAUGAGUCUGAAUUCGUUAUCAACACACCUCCCGUCCGCCGCCGUGCUCCAUCACCGGUGGCUCACUUCCAAGAUGAUCUACUGGAGGAGGAUGACGACGCCGACGACACAGAUUCGGACUUUGAGUACGACGAUUCGGAGGAUCUGGACGAUCUGAGCUUGACUCGCUCACCCUCACGACAGUCACCACCUGAGCUCCUCGCUGAUUCAGACGGAGAGUCCGAGGACGAGGCGACACCACCUUCCCCGCCCCAGCCCACGCUGGAGGCAUUCGAUGAAAAGGAGCCUGCUACUACGGCUAUUGCCUUGGCAGGCUCUGAUCAACCCCAUCUCUUUGAGCAAGGGUAUUUUGGUACACAAGAGCAAACCAUGAUCGAGGCUUAUUGA